CAGUGAUAUGAGUGAUUCACUCGAACUUAUCAGUAUUUAGAAUAGUUUUUUUCAUUUCACAUGAAUAACUAACGUGUUCUUUUUUAUUUUUUGUUUUAUAAGUUGUGUUUACCGGCAGGAUGUUGGGAAUGUUUAUGUACAUGCUAGAAGCGCGGAAGGAGUUGCUGGUGGGCCUGUCAUUAUCUGUAUUGUACAUAACCUAUUAUCUUGUGGAAGUAGUCAAGAGGCCACUGCUAGUAUGCGCUCCGGGAGCUCUACGGUCACUUCUCGAGAGAGAUGUGCCGCUACUACAAACACCGUACUGGCCGACCCCUUGGUGCGUAGAGGCACGCUUGCAGACUGUCCUAGGCUCCAUAAUGCGUUCCUUGUUACUGCCACACGCGCGUUACCGGCGUGAGGUCUUACGGCUAGCAGACGGCGGGCAAGUAGCCUUGGACUGGCUAGAAAACUCAGCGGUUCCGGGGGCGCCAGUAUUACUCGUACUGCCGGGUCUAACGGGCGGCUCGCAGGCGGACUAUGUGCGCGCGCUGUGCGCCGCCGCACAGCAGCUUGGGGCGCAGGCUGUCGUGUUUCAUUAUAGGGGGCUGGGCGGCAUCAAACUCACGACACCACGCCUCUACUGCGCCGUGAGCCACGAAGACUUGGCCGAAGUCGUAGAAGCCGUGUCUGAACGGGUCGGCGACGCGCCAGUAUUAGCCGUCGGCGUGUCCUUGGGUGGACUUAUAUUGGGACAGUAUUUGGCCGCGGCGGGCGACCAAGCCAGAGUACACGCGGCGUUGAUCGUGUCUUCACCGCUCGACGUUGAGCGAGGCUCAGAAUGCAUGGAGCGCGGCCUAAACGCCCUCCUAUCCCGGCACAUGGCCCGCAACCUCCGGCGCACCGUGUGCUCCCACUCCCUAGUAACAGCCGGGUCCGACGAGCACGCCCGAGUGGAGAACGCGACAUCAGUCCGGGCGUUCGACGCGGCGUUUACGACGCGCCAUUUUGGAUUCGGGAGCGUCGAGGCGUACUAUCGCGCGGCUACGCUCAGGGAUAAAUUAGGAGCUGUUAGGGUGCCGUUGCUGUGUUUAUGUGCGGCCGAUGAUCCUUUCCAGCCGCUCGAAGUCCUCCCUCUAGCCGAAGUCGCCGCCUCCAAGGCCGUAGCCUUAGCCGUCCCCGCGCGCGGCGGCCACAUCGGCUUCCUGGAGGGCUGGUGGCCCGCCGGCCAGGACCAGUACAUGGCGCGCGUCGCCGUGCAGUACUUCUCCGCUUUACUCCGCAACCCCGACUUGCUUCACACUCCCCCUAAGGUACAAACGCACACUGAAAAGAACAUUGAAACUCCUGAAAAGCAGGAAGAGGUGGAUAAGCAGGAAAAGGAAGCCUGCUGACUAGAGGUAUAUGACAGUAUUAAGUACAAAUGGCGUCGCUUCGGUUUUUUAGGCAUGGAACGGUUUUCUAAAAUAUAUAUAGGUAUUGUAUCAUGUUAUAUCUAAAUUAUAUUCAGAUCUCAGAGGUACUUUGAAAGCUGUUCUAAAUAUCCGAAUGCUGCACAAAUUUCGAAACUGACAUACACAAUAAAUUAGAGGGGAUUUAACUAAUUAAUUAUGUAGUUUAUAGUCCCAAAUCAAAACUUCAAACUCUAAACUAAAAUGCUUUAAAAUAGUUGGGUAGAACAGAAAAUAUUUCAGUAAACCGCUCCCUUUGUGCCUUAUAGCCGGGCCACGAUAUUACGCCAAGCGGGAGCGAUGAGCGAUAUUCUCCGCUCGUCGCUUGUCGCUGAUGUCGUGGCCCGGCCUUACGCUUCGUCCGACGAGCUUCGCUCUAAAGUGCCUUCGCUCGACAUGUGAUAUUUUUUGCCACGACGGGAUCACCCGGCUUGUAGCGUCCCUCGGAAACGCUUCGUAGUAACAGUUGCGACGAGAGUUGAACACAGCGCGUCAUGUAUUAUAAGAGUUUUCGAAAUGUUUUUAGCCUGGCAUCAAACUAAAUAAUAAGGCGUCUUUUGGAGACCUGAAGAUCAGUUUGAAAUUAGAUUUACAUGAAAAUUUAAGUACAUAUGCCACAAAAAAUAUAUAGAUAAUGUCAUAUUUUAUCGACUGUGUCUACUCUACAAAUUUCAAUAGCAAAAAUACCUAUACAAAGUCAAGUCCUAGUGAAAAAGUUCAAUGUUUAAUAUUUUUUUGUCAAGUACAUAUUUACGGGAAACUUUUGCAAUACAUUGCCAUCAAUAGUUAUACAAUCCAUUUCCAUUAACUCUCGUUGCGACACUUAUAAAAAUAUAAAUUGAGUAUUAUACUAAUUAAUUAAUAUACAACGACCGUGUUGUGAGCUAAAGUUUUAAAACCGGUGCUAAAUUUAGUGGCUUAUUAGACUGACGAAACGUCGUUAUCAGCACGCAAUAGAUUUCUUCAAAUCAUUCAUUUUUCUGAAGUAGUUAUUAUCAACCAAUAAUUGAUUGUAAUAGAGAUAAAGUCUGGUCGUUCAGACGGGACAAUUUUUCGCGCAAUCUUAUUAAAUUGACAAUUUAAUUGUGUUAAACGCAAAAAUGAAAUUGUUUUGCCGAUCCCACUUGAUUCUAAGAUUGUGAACGAUGAAAUCAGAAGGCGCGGACGCAAAAAGGGUUAUUUAAUUUUGUCCGUGUACGCUAGACGAGAUUGACGCCAAUUUAACAUUGAUCAAAUCGCCAAUUUGACUGUCUCGUCUGGACUGACCUUAAGAUAAAAACGUGCCCCCUAGAUUGACAGUCGUUCUGCGCCAUAUGUUCUUGGUCACUGAAUUGUCAAACGUCAACUUUUGAUAAUCAGAGUUACCACAUCACAUAAUAUACGGAGCCGUAUAGCGCCAUCUGCAUGUCAAAUUCGAGGCACAAAUUUGUUUUAGACAACAUAUUUUACACAAUCAGUGGAUCUUUGUUAUUAAUCGUGUGGCGUGUUAACUAUUUGUACAAUACCCAUACACAGGAUGCUGUUGUAGGUUGUGGUCUGACCGGGGACAAAGCGAGUAGCGUAAAGAAAUGCAUGUGUAUAGACAUGACUGAUAGAAAGUUGUGAAUAAACCAAUUUACCUUUAUUAUUCUGUGAUAUCGUACUUUUUAAAAACAAAUUGUUUCAAUUUAUUUUUGAUAUCUGUUAAUUAUUUUUUUAAGACAGUUUUAUCAUAUUCGCUUAGCUUUUUUGAACUUUAUGUAGGUCCAGAUUCAGAAUAUAGAACCCGUGUUGACCCUAAGGAUUUAAUAGAAAUACUAGAAAAACUCAACGCUACUCGCUGAUCGUUUACUGCUGGACAGGUGCCAUGCCACGUGGCUUUAGAAAUUCAAGGACCGAAAGGUAUCGGAUUCAAGUUAUGUUUGGGCUAUAAGUAUUAUUAUUUUUACUUGCUAAAUGCUUACCUAUAUUAAAGAAAUUGUUUGUAUGAAAUACACGAAUUGAGGUUGAUUGUACCUUUUUAAUUUUAGUACCUCUGUGUAUGGGGUUAGGAGAUGGAAAAGCAAAAACGCUAAGAUUGUCAACAUGCAUUUCGUAUAAUUUAACAUUAGUUCCUAAAAUCACCUGACAAGCUUAUAAUUACAAAUUUAAUGUUCAAUUAUUAUAUAUGUAUUUAUAAAAAAAACGAGUGAUGUUAUUGUUGUGUUUUACAUGGAUCAAAUGAAUUUAUAAUUGUUAUUGUUAGGUCGUGGACUGGACACAAGCGAGCAGCGGCAAAUCAAAACCGUUCAUACAUUCAGUCCACGGCCUUAUUAGCGGAGCGAUCAAACGACGAGAUUAAAGUUGUUUUUGCAAUUGAAACACAGUUAUACUUGGAGUAGGGUAAGGUUAAGUUUUUAUUGUAUUUACAUUAUAUUAAAAUUAUACAUUAACAUCACAAUAAAGUUAGUUAUUAAUAAAUAAUGAUAUAUAUAGCGCUCGAGUGUGCGGGUUCGCGCCGAUACGGACCUUGUAUAAUCACAGAUUAUAUAAAAGUUUGACAUAGUAAGUAGUAUUGGACCUAAAGGGGCCCACUGAUUACCAGUCCGCCGGACGAUAUCAGCCUGUCAGUUAGAACAAAAAGUUGACAGUUCCGAACAACUGACAGGCCAGAGACUGCAGGCGGACUUACUAAUAAGUGGGCCCCUUUACGAGGUUAUUGACAUAUUUUUACCAAUUCCUCGCUCUUAAUUUAUGCGCGGCCUUGAAGUCUAUAUAGGUAUUAAGUAAAUGUAUUGCAUUUAUUUAUUUUGAAUAAAAAAGUAAUGGUUCCGCUUAGUCAAUUUAGUCAUCAGUAAAUUUGAAAAAGGUCACAUGUAACAAAAUUAUUCAUUAAUUAAUUAAAAAACCGGACAAGUGCGAGUCGGACUUGCUCACCGAGGGUUUCAUACUCUUUAGUAUUUGUUGUUAUAGCGGCAACAGAAAUACACCAUCUGUGAAAAUUUCAACUGUCUAGCUAUCACGGUUCAUACAGCCUGGUGACUAUACCUACAGACAGACGGACAGAGGAGUCUUAGUAAUAGGCUCCCGUAUUUAACCUUUGGGUACGGAACCCUAAAAACGUUCAGCAAAAAGUUCAAAUAGAAUAGAUAGAUUGCCCACCUUUUAUCCAUUACGUGGGUAGUGGGUACAUUUUAUCCGCGCGAACCCGCCUCACCCGAGCGUCGCACAUAUCUGCGUUUGUAUCGUUUUUUACAAAUAUACGCAUACAACACGAA